AUGGCAAUGAGCAACAAUGUCAUCGGAGCCAUAAACUUCGUUGGUGUGCUACUCUCAAUCCCAAUCAUUGGUGCUGGAAUCUGGCUAACAAAUGAGCCAGCCAAUACUUGUGUCAAGUUUCUACAAUGGCCUGUCAUCAUCCUAGGGGUUCUAAUCCUGGUUGUGGCUCUGGCAGGUUUCAUUGGAGCCUUUUGGAGAAUCUCUUGGCUCUUAAUAUUCUACCUCAUUGCCAUGCUUGUGCUCAUAAUAUUGCUGGUUUGCUUGGUGGUUUUCAUCUAUAUGGUCACACUUCGAGGUCAUGGUAACAUUGAACCCAACCGAGCUUACUUGGAAUAUCAUAUGGAUGACUUCUCAGGCUUUCUUCGUCGAAGGGUUAGAAGUUCAUUCAAGUGGGAUAGCAUCAGAAGCUGUCUUAGCUCAACAAACAUGUGUGCUGAGUUGAACCAAAGUUUCCGAAUGGCUCAGGACUUUUUUAACGCCCAUCUAACACCCAUGCAGUCAGGGUGUUGCAAACCACCAACGCAAUGUGCUUACACGUUUGUGAACCCAACCUAUUGGAUUAGCCCGAUCAACAUGGCAGCAGAUAUGGAUUGCUUGCAGUGGAACAACGAUCAAACACAACUUUGCUAUAACUGUGACUCGUGCAAGGCUGGUUUAUUGGCAAGUCUUAGGAAGGAGUGGAAAAGGGCUAAUGUGAUAUUGAUCAUCACCGUCGUUGUUCUCAUAGGAGUAUAUUUAACAGCGUGUUGUGCCUUUAGGAAUGCCAAAACUGAGGAUCUCUUUCGCAAAUACAAACAAGGUUAUACUUGA